AAGUAUACGAGUAUAAGUUAAAGGAGCAGGAAAGAGAAAUGUGGCGGGCUGUCGCUGUAUGCAGGGAAACCUUCAGAGGAAACUCAAGUACAAAGUGAUGAGAGACGGAGAGGAGGUGUAUAGAGGUAAACUGGAUUCUUUAAAACAUCACAAAGAUGAAGUGGACACAGUUAGUACAGGCAUGGAGUGUGGAAUGCUGGUAAAAGAUUCUCAGUUUCAGUUUGAGGAAGGGGACCUAGUUCAGUGUAUUGAUACAAAGUAUGUGACAAAAACAGUGGACUGGGCACCAGAUUACUAAAAUUAUUAAACUGCAAUAUUGAAAAUGAUUUUUUUUUAAUUGAAUAAAUAUUUAUGUGUCUACA